AUGGCUUUCUGGCUUGUUGCUGCUAAGGAGGAAUUUUUUGAGAUGCGCUCAGAAGAGAGUCACGCCAUAAUGAAGCUCAACAUCGCCAACCCACAGACUGGUCUCCAGAAGACUAUUAACAUCGACGAUGAGCGUCGUUUCAGAGUCUUCCUCGAGAAGAGAAUGUCCCAGGAAGUCCCAGCAGACAGCAUUGGUGACGAGUGGAAGGGCUACAUCUUCAGAAUCACCGGUGGUAACGACAAGCAAGGUUUCCCAAUGAAGCAAGGUGUUUUGCUCCCACACAGAGUUAAGCUUUUGCUCAAGGCUGGUCACUCUUGCUACAGACCACGUAGAACUGGUGAGCGCCGUAGGAAGUCCGUCCGCGGUUGUAUCGUCAACACCGAUAUCGCCGUUCUCUCCGUUGCUAUCGUCAAGCAAGGUGAACAAGACAUCCCAGGUUUGACCGACGCUACCCUUCCAAAGCGUCUCGGUCCAAAGAGAGCUACCAAGAUCCGCAAGUUCUUCAACCUCUCAAAGGAGGAUGACGUACGCAAAUUUGUCAUUCGCCGUGAGGUUCAACCAAAGAAGGAGGGUGCUAAGCCAUACACUAAGGCUCCAAAGAUCCAACGUUUGGUCACCCCACAACGUCUCCAACGUCGUCGUCACCUCCGCUCUGUCGCUCGUCGUAACACCGAGGCUCAAAAGGAAGUCGUCGCCGACUACCAAAAGAUCCUCGCUAAGCGUCAAGCUGAAAAGAAGGAGAAACUCGCUGAAGUUAGACAACAAAAGGCUGUCAAGAAGGCUUCUGCUUAA